GAUUGAUGAGUUCAAAUAACGAUUCAGAGGCACUUUAGGAGGUAUGACUAACUUUUAGAUAUGAUUGUACCAUCAAAAAAGGCGGGUUUCAAGUGCUUAAAAAGAAAAGAGACAAUGGUAACCUCUCUCUCUGACCGGCCUUUUACACACGAUUUCUAUAGGACGGUUCUUUCCAGUUUGUAUUGAGUUCAGUGAUGUCGAUAGAUGUUUGAAAGUUAGCGAAAGCAAGAAGGAACGUUCCAGUGCAGUCUAGUGCAGGCAUAGACACAAUAAGCCUAUGGUUGGCUCACAGUCAUGCUAUAAUAUGUACAAACCAUUAGCGCCAUUAGCAUUCCAUAAUAUGUAUAUAUAUAUAUAUAUAUAUAAGGUUAGAAAUGGAUAGAAAACUGUGAUUCACGCAUGUCGGAGUCGCAGUUAUGACAUGAGUUUGUUUACAAAUCGUUUUCCUUUACAUUAUUGAGGCGGGGACAUAAAACAACUUAUGGAUAAUUGUAUAGCGAAUGAAAACGUUAAUAAUGAUUUCCUUUCGCAAUCUUAUGCCCAAGGUAUCGAAAGGAUUACUGGAACCAAAGACAGUAUUUUUGAUUUUCAAAUACCAAAAGAACUUUUGGAUGUUCGGGAGAAAACUUGGGACAAUUUGUUCAACAAAUAUUCCGAGGAGAUGUCUGAUGAUAUAGAGAUAAAUGUUGAUACUUUAGAACCUGAAGAAGAAGGAGAAAAAGAAGAGGAAGAAGAAACAUUUAGUGAAGAAGGAUAUAGUUGUGGACAUCGAGGACCUAUGCGUAAACCAGCAAUUUUAGUACAAUAUUGGAUAAAUACUGGUAAUCCACCAUAUAAGAUGCUUCUAGAUGAGAAUGAAUCAUCUGAAACCGAUUUGUCUUUAAGCGAGAAAGAAAUGUCGCCUUUGAUGUCUUUGGUCACAAAUAGUGUACGUGCUGUAAAUAAUAAUGAUAGGCGAAAAUCUAAAAAUGACUCGUCCUGCAGUUCUGUGGACACUGCAGCUUACAUUCUAUCUAAUGUAAAUAUUACAAAGAAAGCGGACACUAUAGCUAUUAUGGAAGGUGCAAAAUGCACUGAGGUUAAUUCGUUAAAAAAUAUAAAAGUCCUCUUUAAUAAUAAGAUUGAACAUACGGAAAUUACAAGAAUCGAUCAAGAGAUGCGCAAUGACGAUGACGAUGUUAAUGUUGAUGUUCCGUCUACCGAAUUGCACUCAAUGUCAAAAGGAUAUAUCGCAUCAGAAAUAGAUGAUGGAGUGGCUGCUAAUACCCAAGUAUCUGCUGACACGAUACAAUCUAAUAUGUGUUUUCCCUGCGAGGAUCAGAUUGAUAAAUUCAAUACCAGUCAAAGAAAUUUAGAUGUACAAACUAUAAAUGAUAUUGCAUCUAUUUUUCGACAAUUUGAUAAAACGUCAAAACGAUUAUCAGGGAAUGAUAAAAAUAAUGACGUUUUAGAUCAGCGAGAUAAGGCACUAGAAAUGGAUACUUUUGGCGAAAAACAAAAUCUGGAAAAUGUGUCCGAGAUUAUUGCGAAAGAUACGAGCUCGAUGGCUUUCCAUCGUAAGAAAUUAUAUACAGGCAGAGAUUCCCCUGUAGAUCUAAUACUAACUGAGACACAUAGUAUAAAUAGAUUAUCUCAAACAAGGCAAAAUCCUACUUUACAUCCCGCUUUGGAUCCUGAUGGUACAAUUAAAAGGAAAACAUUCUUAAUUGACAAAAACAAAAGAAAACGUUUUGCUAAAAAAAGAUUUAUUUCUAAUCGACAUGAAACAAAUAACAAAAAUAAUGUAAAGCAUCGAGAAGUUAAAAUUUUGGACCAAUUACCUACGAAUGUGUGUCUUGAGGAAAGCCGCAAUGUCGCGAAUACAAAUAUUUUUCCGAAUAAAACGAACGUUUCACAGAAUACAAAUCUGCAAAUCAAUCGCACUUUACAUCCCGCUUUGGAUCCUGAUGGUACGAUCAAGAAGAAAUUCUUAAUUGGCAAAAACAAAAGAAAACGUUUUGUUAAAAAGAGAUUUGUUUCUAAUCGACAUGAAACAAAUAACAAAAAUAAUGUAAAGCUUCAAGAAGUUAAAAUUUUGGAGCAAUUACCUACGAAUGUGUGUCUUGAGGAAAGCCACAAUGUCGCGAAUACAAAUAUUUUUCCGAAUAAAACGAACGUUUCACAGAAUACAAAUCUGCAAAUCAAUCGCACUUUACAUCCCGCUUUGAAUCCUAAUGGUACGAUCAAGAAGAAAACAUUCUUAAUUGGCAAAAACAAAAGAAAACGUUUUGCUAAAAAGAGAUUUGUUUCUAAUCGACAUGAAACAAAUAACAAAAAUAAUGUAAAGCUUCAAGAAGUUAAAAUUUUGGAGCAAUUACCUACGAAUGUGUGUCUUGAGGAAAGCCACAAUGUCGCGAAUACAAAUAUUUUUCCGAAUAAAACGAACGUUUCACAGAAUACAAAUCUGCAAAUCAAUCACCCUUUACAUCCCGCUUUGGAUCCUGGUGGUACGAUCAAGAGGAAAACAUUCUUAAUUGGCAAAAAUAAAAGAAAACAUUCUGCUAAAAAAAGUUUUAUUUCUAAACGACAUGAAACAAAUAACAAAAAUAACGUAGAGCUUCGAGAAGUUAAAAUUUUAUUGGAGCGAUUAUCUACGAAUGUGUGUCUUGAGGGAAGCCGCAAUGUUGUGAAUACAAAUAUUUUUCCCAAUAAAACAAACGUUUCACGGAAUACAAAUCUGCAAAUCAAUCGCACUUCACAUCCUCCUUUGGAUUCUGAUGGUACGAUCGAGAGGAAAACAUUCUUAAUUGGCAAAAACAAAAGAAAACGUUCUGCUAAAAAGAGUUUUAUUUCUAAACGGCAUGAAACAAAUAACAAAAAUAACGUAGAGCUUCGAGAAGUUAAAAUUUUAUUGGAGCGAUUAUCCACGAAUGUGUGUCUUAAGGGAAGCUGCAAUGUCGCGAAUACAAAUAUUUUUCCCAAUAAAACGAAUGUUUCACAGAAUACAAAUCUGCAAAUCAAUGAUAAACGGAAAUCUCAAAUUUGUGAAAUUUCUAAAAUUUUGACUCAUAAAAAUGAAGCAGCUGUUCGACCAGUUGGUAACAAUUAUUCAUUGAGGAGUACCAGCUCUAAGAAAAAUAAUAGUCAAACAAGUGAUACAAUUGACAUUAUCACAAAGACUGGAAGUCAAGUUUUUGAUAAAGUAGAGUUUGAUUCUACAUUUCAGCAGAAAAUAUUUCGACAUAAUUGUGGUAAAGUAAGCCGAGAUGAUAAUAAGAGUUCAGUUUUAACUUUUACAUCAUCGGAUGAAGACGAUUUUGUUCGAUCGAUACAUGCUAGAAAAAAAUUAAAAGUGUCAAUAAAUGACGAUACAUUAGGCAAAUCAAGUAUCGCCGAAAAAGAUUUAUAUGAUCAGUCCAAAUUUAUUAGCGAUAAAAACAAAUAUCGUUGUAAUAGAAACUCAAGUAUGGUAAUUUGUUCGUCGAAAAAGACUGUACAAAAAGAUAUUGUAUCAAUAAAAGAGAAGAAAAAAUAUAGUGGAGUUGUCAAGACGAAAUCUUUCAGAAGCAAUAGGCGGGCGGCAACUGCCACCUCACAGGUUCAAAAAAAUGAAAGAUUUGAGUUUUUUGCAAGCGAGAAUGAUAACGACGACGAUACUGCUGAUAAUUCAAAUAAACAUAAGGAAAGAAUUUCAUUCUUUAAUGCUGAAAAAAACAUAAAUUAUAACAGUAAAAGGCGUUCAAAGAGAAUGAUGAAGAAAAAUGGGAUAAAUCAUAAGGAUGAUAUUCACAUUAUACUUUUCCAAACAAAAACAUUUGACGCAAACUCCUCGGAGUUUUCUGAAGAAAGUAGCAGUUAUACUUCACCUACUUGUAAAGCACUAAAGAGUUCUUCUUUUCACAAUAGAUUGCGAUAUAAACAUAAUCGUGUUGCUUCUAAAGCAAUCCUUAAUGAUUCUAUUGCGAAAAGACGCAGCAAAAGACAUUUAAGCUCAUCGAACUCUUCUCUUGAAAACCACAACUGGAUGAAAAGCACAAACGAUGUAAGAACUAGAACGAGGUCAGUAUAUAAAGAAGUUGAAACUAAUAAACGAUUAACUAAUGAAAAACCUAAUGGCGAUUUUAAAUCGAGAAACGAUGAGUAUUCCUCUUAUCUUACAAGUGAUGUACGGGACACGUCCAUACAAGAAGAAACAUUUUCAAAUACUUGUCUUAAAAAAAUUAAUUUUAGCAUUUUACCGGAAAAUAAAGAAAUCUUGGACAAAUGUAAGAAUUCAGUAGUUAUUCAACAGGAUGGCGUUACAUCUACGGUAAGAAGAUUGCUAACAUUUCAAACAAAAAGUUAUUACAAUUCUUCCGAUUCGAGCGAAACUUCGUAACAGCUUCCAAAAAAAUAUGGGGGGCGAUACAUUUGUAUAAAAUUUAUGUAGAUUAUAUAAAUAUAUAAAUAAAUAUUGGACAUGCGAAAUUUUAAAUAAAAGUUAUAAUUUUAUAUGUAAAUGAAAAAUAUAACGUGUACGGAACUAAUAUAUAAGCUCAUAUCGAAUAUAAAACAGGCUUGAUGUUUUAAUAAAAUGAAUAGCAUAUUGUUUAGAGAGAAAUAGGAAUAAUAUAAUAAUUAUCUCCUUAUUUGUUCCUUCCUUCUUCCGUUUCCUUUUUCCCCAAACUUUUCUUCUUUUCUCACAAGUUAAGAAACUAGCAUACAUAGACCGCAUAGGAUUAAUAGAAUUAUGAAAGAAUUAUUGUUAUUAAUUGUUACAGAAUCAAAAUAGUACAUAGAAAAUAUAUUUUCUAUCUUAUUUAUUAAGAUUUAUUAAGAAAUAAUUUUUUUCUUGUCUCCUUGAAAAUUAAACUUUUUUUCAAAGAGUCACGAAUUAAUUAUAUCUUAAUAUUAUAUUUUAAUAUUAUAUAGAGAUGGGCAUGUUAAUUACAAAAAUUGUAUUGUAAAAUUAAAUAGAAUUAUAGACGUUAACAUAAUUAUAGACGUUCUGUACACGUGAACAUAUAUAUUAAGAGUGAAAAAGUUUUGUCAGGUUUUCAAUACAUGUUGUAACCAAUAUAUAUAUUUUUUAAUGACCGUCUAGUGCGAUUUUCUGCUACUGACGAUGGACAAUGUCUUUGUCUUUGGAAUUAUUUUGUUUAAUUAAGACUUUAAGAGAACCUUCUUUUGGAAAGGAAUUGUCACAGCACUCUCUACGCGCGAAUACAUAUUAUAAGUGGUUUUUAUACUAUUUCAAAUAUUUGUUCAUCAUUGUUACACAUACCUGAAACUUUUCUUCGUUUAUUUUUACUUUGAUUUAAAACGUUCCUUUUCUAAACGAUAACUGUUAGUAUUGCUUUUUUAAUGAUAUCUAAUGUAAUAAAGAAAACAACCCCUAUUUAUACAAAACGAUUGUUGCGAAAAGUUUUUAGAAAGAUUUCAAUUUUUCACAUUUUAUGUGCAUCACUUUCGAAAAGAUUUUGCAAAAAAAAUGUUAUAUGAAAUUUUGCAACAGAAAUGUUUCCCAGUUUCAAAUUUGUUUCAAAUUUCUAAAAUCUUGUGUUGAUAUGAAAUAUUGCAAUAAACUGAUUGUUAUUGGAAUACUUAUGAUUACAAUUUAGUGGCACAUGUUAUAUCGAAUAAUAAUUUAUAAAGUUUGAUUAAUGUGACUGAUAAUUUUGAGAUCGUGCGUGGUCCUCUUCGUGAACGUAUUCUACCUUUGAAGAAAAUAUUAUUUGAUAGUCAACCAGCGAAGCAUUGCUUCUUGGUCUUGAAAAUGGUGGAAUGCUCAAUGCUUAUGCCCUGCACACGGAAAUAUUUUGUAACGUCGUAUGGUAGCUGAGGAAGACUCGAAGUGGAGUCGAAACGUUAUACAUUAUUUGUGAAGAAAAUAAACUGUUAACUUACGGAUUUACAA